GUGUACCCAUCUUAUUCUUUAAAAGCUGAGCUCCUCAGUCUGUUUCUGAACAAAUCUUAUUGGCUCGUUGUUAUGCUUUUGUCUGAUUUGCGUCGUUGACAGAGAACUGCAACUUUUUGAAAAGUCUUUUUCACUGCAGCUAUGCUGUCUUAUUCAACCCCACCUCCUCUCUACCUGAGCCUCGUUCUCUUUCUGUCCUGCAACUCCCCUGUUCUUUCCUGUCAGAUUGGAAACUACAGCCAGUGCAAGGCUGCUCCUUUUGUACCAGGUCACAACCUGGUGGGGGAGGGAUUUGACGUGGUCACUCUGCGACGAAAGGGAGCCUAUAUGAUUGAUGUGGAUACCUACUUCACCCCAAGUGAAACAUGUACUCUCUGCUCCAACCCGCUUCAAGGCAACGUGCUGCAAAAACUGCCAGUCUCUGCAGUGGACUGGCGUGCAUUCAGCCAAUGCAGUGCCGACAUUUACAGCAGUGCCCACAGCUCUGUUAGCUCAGUGAUUGACACUUACACCUCCCAGGACAGUACUGACUGGAAGCUUGGCCUAAAUUUAGAGAAGUUUGUGGCUGCUGGCCUGGAUGUGGGAGGAACGCAAUCCACUGCCUAUAACUUUGCUUCAAAAAGGACAAAAGAGGACCGCCACACCUUCAGCACACACAAGGUCACCUGCAACCAUUAUGGUUACCGAGUAUCAGACAGACCGCCUCUCAGCCCUCAGUUCAGCUCGGCUGUAGCUAAGCUACCAAGAUUCUACAACAGCUUCACCAGAGCUCAGUACAGUCAGCUCAUACACACCUAUGGCACACACUACAUCCGCCAGGUUAACCUUGGUGGUCGACUGAGGCGAGUCACAGCUGCACGAACCUGUCUGUCCUCCCUGAACGGACUCACCUCAGAUGAGGUCCACUCCUGUUUGUCGCUGGGUUUCUCUGUUGGCUUGGGAAAGUUGCAACUAUCUGGUAACAGAGACUCUUGCAACAAGGUCUUACAAAACCAGGGUCUCUCUGUUACAUACAGCUCUGGACUCCACCAACACUACACAGACGUAGUAGGAGGCAACGGUUGGUUGGGAGAGUUUGCACUCACACGUAAUGACUCCCUUGGUUUUCUAACUUGGCUGAAGACACUGAAGGAUCACCCAGAUGUUGUUUCCUACUCCCUCCGGCCAAUCUACGAGCUGAUGACAAAUUAUACACAAAAGACAGGGAUGAAAGCUGCCAUUGAGCAGUACUUAGAGGACAAUGCUGUGAAAAAAUCGCCCAAUGAGCCAAACUGUGGUUCAAACAUUCCUAAUCUGGCUUCCAACUGCUGUCCUCUGCAAGCCUGGAGGGGGACGCUAAGGGUUACCAUUGUGCGAGCCUGGGACCUGAAAGGAGAUCCAACUGGCCAGACUGAGAGCUAUGCAAAAAUGUGGUUUGGCUCCAGCUAUCGGCAGACUGAGGUGAUUAAGUCAAACAACCCCCAGUGGAACGCUUAUUAUAAUCUGGAAAAGGUGGACACACACUCUGGUUUGAAGGUUGAAGUUUGGGACGAGGACCCAACUAAUGAUGACCGUCUGGGAUCAUGUGUCAAGUAUCUGCAGCAGGGGACACACACAUUUAACUGCCCAGCUAAAAAAGGAGGUUUUGAGGUCCGGUACACUCUGACAUGUGACCCUCAUCUGACUGGAGACCGGUGUGAUCGUUACAAACCAUCUGCAAAAUAACCAAUGUAUUUUGAGUUUGCAUGUUUUUCUUUAAUCAUGUGUGAUUGAUCUGUUGAUCUAAUCAAUGUAAAAAUCGUGUGACUGAUCAACUUAUGGAUUUAUUUUACUACAAUUAAGAGAUAAUUGUAUUCAAUUUGAGACUUAAGCUAUAAGCUAAAGUUCAGUUAGUUAUUUUUAAUCAUAUAAAUCAGGCCUGUAUUCAUAUAUUAAUAUUUUUAAAUGAUAGAAAAAUCAUACUCUUUGGUUUUCAGUAGUUUAUAAUGAUAAAUAAUGACACACACAUUGAAUCAGCUGCUGUGUAUUUCUACUAAUUUGUGGAAAAAUGAUCAAAUCCUUCUUGUGUUUUAGGCAAUUAAAUUCAGUUUCACAGACAGUGUUACAUCUAUGUCAGAUUUUGAGAGCAGGACUUAAUGGUGUACAUUACCCUUCUACUCUUAUGGCUUAAAGGGAACAUGAAAUGCUACGAAUAUAAAAGCUAGAUUGGA